CAGCUAGCCUGGCUCUUUUACUCUUUUGAUUUUUUACUGAUUAACAUUAUAUCUUAUUUGUAUAUUAUAAACAAAAACCAGAGUGUAAAAACAACACUUACAGGGGAUUAUGUGCUGCACUUUUUCUUGGCUUAGCACGGUAAUAUCCAGGGGUCUCAGGUGGUUGUCUGGACCCUCAUGGUGAUGACAAGACUCCAGUAAAUUACAAAUAAGAUAUAACAUGUUAAUUUAGAGGUACUGCUAGGUGUUUUUUGUUAACUUUGGGUAGGCUAGCUGACAAGUUUUCCCUUGUUUCUAGUCUUUAUGCUAUGCUAAGCUAACUGGCUGCUGCGUGGAUGUAUUAUAAGACCUGGAUAGGGCGUCACCACUGAGACUUGCAGCAAAUUUUUCCCAGUGGCCACUCGCGGUAUUGCAGGGGGUUUUAUACUUGAAGAACUUUCCUCAAGCUGAGAAAAGCCAUUUAAAAAUCUGAGACGUCAUCACAAUGUAAAGUCUAUGGGUUGAGCGGGAACUCACAGAUGGGGCCAGCGAGGGAAACACCAUUGCACAUAUUCAGUGGGCUGCACGAUGCGGAAGCAAACCUAGAAGCUAGAAACUUUUUUUGGCGUAUGCGCCACCCAAGCAAUUCUUAUUGGACUGAACGGGCGCCAUUUUCGGUCUGGUUUCCAGUCUUAUCCAUGGGCUGAUGGGCUUACAUUUUCCAGACAAACAUGAAUCUAAACUAUUCCUUUAAAAUCGCUCAUCGUUAUUUUCUGUGUCGUCAUUAGUGUCAUCAGUGGCUAGACUUUGGAUGUUUUAUUACGUGACCUGUGCCACGUGAAGCACACUGAUGCCAUUCACAGAAAAUGACUCACUAUGAGAAUUCAAUAGGCAUCUGUCACACAGCGCACUCGGCCUGUCCCGUCACCUGCUGGGUUCAAUUUAGCAUGUGGAUAUUGAGGGAAGAGAUACAUAAUUAAUCCCUGCCCUUUGACCUCCUGUGAGCUUUUUUGACCCUAUUGGAAGGAAUUACAGCCCACCCUGUUUCCCCUCUUUAUCCAUUUGAAUUCAUCCCAUCUCUAAACAGACAAAAUAGAGUCAUUCACCUUUUUCUUUACAAGGGAACACCUAUUAAUGAAAUCAUGUAGCUCACUGACGCUUUUGCUGUGACCCUUAAACUUCCUGUGACCUUCAGCCUUGAGGAUAGAUGCAUCACUGUAGGAGACGUGAUUGGUUUUUACAUCUAACAAUUUGAAGUUGCAAGCAAAAUGCCCUCUCCCUGAAUAUAUAAGACGGCUGAGAGCUCAGUCACAACAGUCGUUAGUGCUGUUCUCUGAACUGAGCAGCCACUUGGUUACUGUAGCCAUGCCUGCAAGCAAAAUAGAAGAUGGCGAAACAGAGCAAGACGGCCUGGGUUCAUUACUGGGUGACGGGCCCAUGACUGAGCAGGCUGUGGUUCCCCCCAUGUACAGACGAAGCCUCGUGCUGGACAGCAACAUCAGGGAUGACGAUGGAAACCCAAAAAUCAUCAUUGUCUCAGACAUGAGGCUGAAGGGACACAGUGCUCGUGGACUGAACCCAGCCUUUACUCGGAGCCUUCCUCUGAUCACGGAACGAAGCUUGAGCCACACUCCUGCCGAGUACAGUUUGAAAACAGACCGCAGAGACACUGACCUCGACAUGCUGCGGUGUAUGAUAGGAAGAGUGUACCGACCCUGCUGGGAAGCAUAAACGUUUCCUCCCCGUGCUGCCGCCUUCCUCCAAAAUGUUCUGUAA